GGCGGCGGCGGCGGCACCGGCGGUGGCAGCGGCGGCGGCAGCGGCGCGGGUCCCGCCGGGCGGCGCCGGAGUCCGGGCGAGCGGGCAGCAGCGGGCACCUCGGACGGGCCGCGAGCAGGCUAGAGAAGCAAUUCACGGAGGAAAGUUUGGAAAAUAGAAGAGAAUAUGGAGAAGAUGAAAUGAUCACCUGGAGUCUUGUCCCUGGAGGUGUGAAUGAAUCCGGGGGAGGCCACGCUGCCGCCCAUGAAGGGCUUUCCCAUUGCUGGGCCUUUUGCACAGGCCCUGCUGUGAUGUGAACCAAGCAGAGACCUGUCGCAGGCUUCCUUCUGUCCCUCGCUGAGCACCACGGCUGCAAAGAUCAUCCCACUGUCAGUGUGUGUGUCCUGUCUUCCCCUUGUCACGGCAAACAGCCCCGUCUCCAGCAGGCGCCCCUCGUCUGCCAGCCUGAACAUGACCCCAACUGAUGACAGCCAGGGUCCCCAGGGGAUGUGGGGCCCCGCGGGGGCCGGCCCCCAGGAGCAGGUCCUCUCAUGAUGCUGGUGUCCGGGAGUGAGCGCCAUGCCCAUCACCCAGGACAACGCGGUGCUGCACCUGCCCCUGCUCUGCCGGUGGCUGGACAACAGCCUGCGGGAGGGCGGGGCGGGCCCGGAGCAGCGGCUGUGCCAGGCGGCCAUCCAGAAGCUGCGCGAGUACAUCCAGCUGAACUUCGCGGUGGACGAGAGCGCGGUGCCCCCUGACCGCAGCCCCCCGGGCAUGGAGAUCUGCACCGUGUACCUCACCAAGGAGCUGGGGGACGCGGAGACGGUGGGCCUCAGUUUCGGGAACAUCCCUGUGUUCGGGGACUACGGGGAAAAGCGCAGGGGGGGCAAGAAGAGGAAGACCCACCAGGGCCCCGUGCUGGACGUGGGCUGCAUCUGGGUGACCGAGCUGAGGAAGAACAGCCCGGCAGGGAAGAGCGGGAAGGUCCGGCUGCGAGACGAGAUCCUCUCCCUGAAUGGGCAGCUGAUGGUCGGUGUGGAUGUCACUGGGGCCAGUUACCUGGCUGAGCAGUGCUGGAAUGGCGGCUUCCUCUACCUGAUCAUGCUGCGCCGCUUCAAGCACAAGGUCCAUUCUCCUUACAAUGGCAACAGUGGCAACAGCCCGGAGCCAGGAGAGACACCGACCUUGGAGCUGGGUGACCGAACCGUGAAAAAGGGGAAGAGAACAAGGAAGUUUGGAGUCAUUUCCAGGCCUUCUACCCACAAGGCCACUGAAGAAUCCAAGAGCGGCACUGGGUGUGAGCUGGACAAUGGCCAUGUCUCUGAGCUGAACAAUGGCCCAGACCCAGAACUUGGAAAUGGCCAUGCCUUUGAGCUAGAAAAUGGCCCAGACUCUCUCAAGGAAGUGGCUGCAUCCCAUCUAGACGGGUCAGAAGUAGACAGAGGGACGGAGCCCAGAGUUCCAAAGACAGAGACUCCUCAGCCCACAAGCAAUGAUAAAUGCCACUUCUCAAAAUCGGGGAAGACAGACUUCCAAUCAAGCGACUGCCUGGCGAAGGAGGAAGUUGGCCGGAUAUGGAAGCUGGAACUGCUUAAAGAAUCAGAUGGGCUGGGAAUUCAGGUUAGUGGAGGCCGAGGAUCAAAGCGCUCACCUCACGCUAUCGUUGUCACUCAAGUGAAGGAAGGAGGUGCCGCUCACAGGGAUGGCAGACUGUCCUUAGGAGAUGAGCUGCUGGUCAUCAAUGGUCACUUACUGGUCGGGCUGUCCCACGAGGAAGCUGUGGCCAUCCUUCGUUCAGCCACUGGAAUGGUUCAGCUGGUCGUGGCCAGCAAGGAAACCUCUGCCGAGGACCUCUUGAGGUUAACGUCUAAGAGUUUGCCUGAUCUGACUAGCUCGGUAGAGGACGUAUCCUCUUGGACUGACAACGAAGACCAGGAGCCAGACGGGGAAGAGGACGAAGGAACUGGCCCGUCCUCCAUCCAGGGAGCUAUCCCUGGGGCAGGUGAUUCGUGUGGCUCUGAGGACUCCAAGGGAAACCUGGAAAGUCCCAAGCAGGGCAACAGUAAGAUGAAGCUCAAAAGUCGUCUUUCGGGGGGUGUACACCGUCUGGAGUCCGUUGAAGAAUAUAAUGAGCUGAUGGUGCGAAACGGGGACCCCCGGGCCAGGAUGUUGGAGGUGUCCCGAGAUGGCCGCAAGCACUCUCUACCCCAGCUACUGGAGUCUUCGGGAUCACAGGAAUACCACAUCGUGAAGAAGUCCACCCGCUCCCUGAGCACCACACAGGUGGAGUCCCCGUGGAGGCUCAUCCGGCCGUCUGUCAUCUCCAUCAUCGGGCUGUACAAGGAAAAGGGCAAGGGCCUUGGCUUUAGCAUUGCCGGAGGUCGAGACUGCAUUCGAGGACAGAUGGGGAUUUUUGUCAAGACCAUUUUCCCAAAUGGAUCAGCUGCCGAGGACGGAAGACUAAAGGAAGGGGAUGAAAUCCUAGAUGUAAAUGGAAUACCAAUAAAGGGCUUGACGUUUCAAGAAGCCAUUCAUACCUUUAAGCAAAUCCGGAGUGGAUUGUUUGUGUUAACCGUUCGCACAAAGUUACUGAGUCCAAGCCUCACGCCCUGCUCCACCCCCACACACAUGAGUAGAUCCAGCUCCCCAAACUUCAACGCCAGUGGGGGGACCUCAGCGGUAGGCUCUGAUGAAAGCAACUCUUCCUCUCUGAGUCGGAAGGCCCAUGGGCCAAAGGAUAGAAUUGUCAUGGAAGUAACGCUCAACAAAGAGCCCAGAGUCGGAUUGGGCAUUGGCGCCUGCUGCCUGGCACUGGAGAACAGCCCUCCGGGCAUCUACAUUCACAGCCUUGCCCCGGGAUCCGUGGCCAAGAUGGAGAGCAACCUGAGCCGUGGAGAUCAGAUCCUGGAAGUGAACUCGGUCAACGUCCGCCAUGCUGCUUUAAGCAAAGUCCACUCCAUCUUGAGCAAAUGUCCACCAGGACCCGUGCGCCUUGUCAUCGGCCGGCACCCUAAUCCAAAGGUUUCCGAGCAGGAAAUGGAUGAAGUGAUAGCACGCAGCACUUACCAGGAGAGCAAAGAGGCCAGUUCCUCUCCCAGUUUAGGUACCCCCUUGAAGAGUCCCUCUCUUGCAAAAAAGGACUCCCUGCUCUCUGAGGCCGACCUCUCCCAGUACUUUGCCCCGGACGCCCCAGGGCCCCUGGCGGACUUCGUGGUGGCGGGCUCAGAGGACGAGGAGCACUCGGGGAGCGGCUGCAGCGCCUCCACUCCCAAGGAACCAGGAAAAGCCAGGGCCAACAGCCUCGUGUGUCUAGGAAGCCAGCGGGGCUCCGGGCUCUUCCACAAGCAGGUGACCGUCGCCAGACAGGCCAGUCUGCCCGGGAGCCCGCAGGUCCUCAGAAACCCUCUGCGCCGCCAGAGGAAGGUGGGCUGCUACGACGCCGAGGACGCCAGCGAUGAGGAGGAGUUCGAGGGCGAAGGGGACUGCAUCUCCCUCCCAGGGAGUUUCCCGGGAGCCGGCAGGCCUCUGGCAGGGGACAACUCUAGGCAAGGCUUGACCUCUUCCAAGGUCAUGAAUGUCAACCACCGAGAGGACCCUCCCCAGAAAACACUGGUCAGCAAGGCCUCCUCGGUGCCUCUCCUCGGCAGCUCCCUGAGCUUGGAGAGCAUCCCAGGCGACCCCGCAGCCAGCCCGCUGCCUUCUGCAGAAGCCCCCCAGGGGAGGAAGGAGCUGUCGGGGUCCAGGAGUUCACCCAAAUUGGAAUACAAAGCUGACACCCAGAGUCUGGUGAGUGCGGACAGCGCCAGUGCCCCCCAGCAGAGGAGUGAAAACUUGGGGUGCAGGCACAGGCCAGUGGCCAGGGUCAGCCCACACUGCAAGGAGCCGGAGGCCAAGGUCAGGUUUCCCGAGUCCCAGACAGUAAACCUGGCCACCGGAGGUGAUGACUCCAAGGGUGUGGAACCUAAGGUCCAGGCCGCUUCCGUCCACGAGACCAUGGCUGGCGUCCAACCAGGUGGAGCUGCGGACAAGGAUUCUCUGGGGAAGCUGACCAUCGGGCAUCGGCCCCACCCAGGAGCUGGCCACCUCCCAGACAGCCUGCCCGAAGCUGGACCAGACCAGAGGCAACACUCUGGGAGAGGACUGGACGGCUACCCAGACAUCAUCUCUUCCCCAAGACAGGAGGAGGCUGCUCACUUGGAUCCCAGCAAGACAUCCAUGGACACAGGACAUGGGAGGCGGCCUGGGGACCCCAGAGAGCCAGUGCCGCCCAGGGCCCCCAAAUCUGAGGACAGACGUCAGGGCAGCCCUGCUCGGGUCCACAGCACCUCCCCAGGGAAGACAGCAGGGUCUCAUCCCCCAGAAACCAGCAGGCCCGACACCACCAGCAAGGCAGCCGCCCCUGGGGAAGCAGGGCCUGGGGAGGAGGGAGCGCCUGCAGCCAGCACUGUCCUGUCACCAGCCCUCUGCACAGGCCUGGACCACAGCCACGCUCCGCCAAUGGCAGGGACCCUUGUGCCUGCACCUUCCCAGGAGGCUGCUGGGUUCGAGGGAACAGACUCCGAGCCUGGGAAGGCACUGCAGGCCAGCCACUCCUGGACAUCACCCACUGACCGGGCUACGGGGGUGUGUGGUGGUGCCUCGGGGUACCACUGCCCUGAGACCAAUGCAGACAGAUGCUUCAAGGAGCAGGAUGCCUCAGAAGGAAGACUUCCGGCUCUGGACAGAGGGCACCGAGCGAGGCUGGAGGGCAGUGCUCAGGGUCAGCUGCCCACCGGAGCUGCAGGAGGAAGCACCUGCCCAGCUGAGCCAGCCACCAGGAGCCAGGCCCCUACCCCCAGGAGGGCCUGGGAGGCGUGCCAACCCCCUCUGCCCCCCUGGACCGCCCAGCCUUCUGUUUUGGAUUCAGUUAAUCCUGACAAACAUUUUACUGUGAACAAAAGCUUUCUGAGCAACUACUCUAGAAAUCUCAGCAGUUUUCACGAGGACAGUGCGUCCCCGUCGGGCCCUGGUGACGGCACGGAGCUCUCUCUCUCCUCCAUGUACGGGGACGCCGAGGACUCGUCCUCUGACCCCGAGUCGCUCCCCGAUGCCCCGCGAGCUCGCAGCAGGGACACCCGGUCACCCGCUCGUUCCCGUGGGUCUUCUCACAGGGAAGACACUACGGAAUCGGAGGAGGAGCAAAUCGAAAUCUAUUCCUCAGGGGGUUUCCCCACCCCAACCUCGAUGGCGGGGCCCGUGCCCGCCCAGGAGGCGCCCUGCCCUGUGCCAGUCGGAGGCCUGUCCAGGAGGCACGGCGCUCUGGGGGAGGCCGUGGGAAGUCCAGGAGACAGAGCCUGCCUCCGGCCGGGCGCCUUGUGCCCUCCCAGCCCGAGCUCUGCCCAGCCGUCUCCCCUCGGGAGCAGAAGCGCUCAGGGGCCUGAACCUCCCACGGGCCCACAGCUUCCACAGCCCGGGGGGGCCCAGGAAAGCCACCAGCCCUCCGCAGCCGCCCGGCGUCUGCCCAGCGCCCCGGUCACCCUCUGCGCUCCUGGCAUGGUGAAUGGCUUGGGACAUGACUUGGUGGAUGGCGAAACCACAAAUGAGAAACAAGAAACCAGUGUGACCACAACUGACAGCGCGGGGGCCCCCGAGAACGGGGAGCGUGCCCUGGCCCACCUGCUCGGCUCCGAAAGCCCAGACCCGGAGGACACGCUGCAGAAACCAAAACUGGCCUCCAGGAGGCCCAUCAUGGCCUGGUUCAAAGACAUCAAUAAGAGCAGCCAGGGUGCUCCCGUGCAGAGCAGGACAGACAAGGGGCAGCCCGCCGUGCCGGCCACCAGCCCUGACGCCAAAAGCCACAGAAAGGGAGCUGCUGGGCUGAACAGCCCUGCUCAGCUGAAGCUGAAUCUUGAAAAUAAAGACCCCCCGAAAAGAAGCUCAGCGGAGACCGUUUUAAGCAACGGCCAGAAACCCAAGUCCGGCCCCAAGCUGAAGAGGCUGAGCAGCAAGAGCAAAAGCAGAGGCAGCGCCGAGGCCCCUGCUGCGGCCACGCCGAAGGCCGGCGGGAUGGACCCCAGGAGGUCCCUGGUCUCCCCCCAGGCCGCCCACAAAACGCUCUCUAAGGCGGCGUCACCCCGGUCCCACGGGGCUGACCAUGAGGAGGGGCCCAGCAGGAACGCCGCGGCCACUGCCUGGUCUCCCCAGUGUGGGCCGGAGAGCAAGCCGCCCCCCGCCGCCUCGGGGUCCCUGAGGCUGUCAGCCUCCGACACGAGCAUCAGGCCCCCCGCCUCGCCCCUCACCUCCCCCAGGGCUCUUCCUGAGCCAGGCGCGGGCAGCAGGCUCCACACGUCUGUGCACCCCGGACCCGACAGAGGCAGCCCGGCCGCCCCCAGACCGAAGUGCGGGCCGGAGCACAAGGCGGCCUCGGGGACGGGGGCCGGCGCCCCGAGGAGCAGCGCGCCCACAGCAGCGGGCCGGCGGGAGCCCCCGCCUCCCCGGCAGGGCCAGCAGCUCGCGGCCAGCCUGACGUCUGCGGUACCAGAAGCGGCCCAGCCUGGGGUGACCGGUGACAAAGGAAGCAAAACAGCUGCUAACGAUCCCCCCGAAAGAACCAACCAGCUGAAGAUAGUGGAAAUUUCUUCGGAAAGGAUGCCGAAGAGUGCGUGUGGGGACGUGCCAGCCGAAAAAGGCAGAUCGGGAGGGUUCGGGACCCAGAGCAAUGGUGGUCCGAAGGGUGAACUUGGACUCGGCCACCAGCCAGUGGAAUUGUCCCCAAACCACGCGCCUGCACGGGCGUCCCGCGCCUCCCCGGUGGAGCCGGAAUCACUGCGCUCGUGCAGCGUGGCAAAGCUGGCCGCCGCCUCCCCGGGGAGGCCGAGCCAGGCGCCAGGCUCCCCGGAGAUGCCCCAGAGCAGCACAGCGGCGGCCACAGCGCCGGAGGAGCACCCCUAUUUCACGCCGAGGCCGGCCACCAGGACCUACUCCAUGCCGGCCCAGUUCUCCAGCCAUUUCGGACGGGAAGGGCCUUCCCUGCACAGCCCGGGGCGCUGCCCCCGGGACGGCCAGGUCCCUGGGCCAAGCGGCCUGGAGGCCAAGGGGUGCCGAGGCGGAGCUCUUGGCCUGGUGAAUGGACCGGGACCGGGACCCGGCAUCUACAGUGUGAAGCCCCUGCAGGAGAUGUCCAGGGCCCUCCCAGCCACCGGCGCAGGGGACGUCCUUUCGGUGCAGGACCCGAGCUGCCUCGUCACCGACAAAAUCCGAGUCACCAGAAGACACUACCUGGAGCAGCAGUGGCCCCAUGGAUCUACCUCUUUCUUCUCGGUGAAGCAAAGGAUCAAGUCCUUCGAGAACCUGGCCCACGCAGACCGGUCCCCGGCCAAGUCCGGGGCUUCCGCGUUUUUGUCCGUGAGCUCCAAGCCUCCCAUCGGGAGACGGUCCUCCGGCAGCGUCGUUUCGGGGAGCCUCAGCCACCCUGGCGACCUGGCGGCGAGGUCUCUGCGACGCAGCCUGAGCUCCUGCAGCGAAAGCCAGGGCGAAGCCAGCACCCUCAUCCCCCAGAUGACCAAGUCCCCAUCCAGCAUGACGCUGACAGUCCCCCGGCAUCACCCGCCGGAGGCCAGGAACAAGGGCCCCGACGUCGACCCGAAGCCAUCGCCCAGUCCUUCCGGAAUCCCCGCCCCGAUGGCGACCCAGGCCUCUCCCACCAAGAAGAACAAGUCCUCCGUGCGCCACGCCCAGCCCUCCCCCGUGUCCCGCUCCAAGCUCCAGGAGCUGAGGGCCUUGAGCAUGCCUGACCUCGACAAGCUCUGCAGUGAGGACUUCCCCGCAGGGCCCACGGCGGUGCUCUUCAAGACAGAGCUGGAGGUCGUGCCCAGGAGGUCCCUCGGCUCCCCUGCCGGGGGCCUCAACGGGGCCACUGCUCUUUUGUGUCCUGUGCAGGGGGCGGACAGGGCUUGUCCAGGAGGAAGCAGGCCUAAAGCCAGUGAGCCUGGGGCACCCAGUUCAGCCAAUGUGAGUGACACCAAUCGGGAUCUGCCCUCUGGAAAAAGCUGGUCAGUUAAUUUGGAUCAACUUCUACUCUCCGUGGGGGACCAGCAAAGAUUGCAGACUGUCUUGUCAUCGGCGAGGUCGAAAUCUACUAUCCUGACUCUCAUGCAGGAAGCGAAAGCACAAUCAGAGAAUAAAGAAGAUGUCUGCUUCAUAGUCUUGACUAAGAAAGAAGGCUCGGGUCUGGGAUUCAGCGUGGCAGGAGGGACAGAUGUGGAGCCAAAUGCCAUUGUGGUCCAUAGGUUAUUUUCUCAGGGGGCAGCUUUUCUGGAAGGGACUAUGAACCGAGGGGAUUUCCUCCUGUCAGUCAAUGGUGCCUCACUGGCUGGCUUGGCCCAUGGGGAUGUCCUGAAGGUUCUGCACCAGGCACAGCUGCACAAAGAUGUCCUCAUUGUCAUCAAGAAAGGAAAUGACCAGCCUAGGCCCUCCACCAGGCAGGAGCCACACACAGCCAAUGGGAAGAGCUCGCUGUCCAGAGACACCAUCUCCCUGGAGCCUGGAAUGGGGAGAAGAGGAACUGCACAGGACGCUCUGUGCGUUGAAGUGUUGAAGACCUCGGCUGGGCUGGGAUUGAGCCUGGAUGGAGGAAAAUCAUCCAUGUCUGGGGAUGGGCCCCUGUUCAUUAAGAGGGUGUACAAAGGUGGUGCAGCUGAACAGGCUGGAACAAUAGAAGCUGGGGAUGAAAUCCUUGCCAUUAACGGAAAACCCCUGGUUGGGCUCAUGCACUUCGAUGCCUGGAAUAUUAUGAAGUCUGUCCCGGAGGGACCUGUGCAGUUAGUAAUUAGAAAGCAUAGGAAUUCUUCCUGAAAUGAGUAGUGACACUCACAUUUUUUAUAAAAAUCUCCUUUUCUCUGUUCCCUUCGUAUUUCAGCAAGUCAGAAGGACGUCUUGAAACAGCAGAAAAACACUUGUCGGCAAGGACUGUAAAAAUCCACAUUUUUACUAACAGAUGAUGUUCGACUCUGGAAGCCGAAGCCUGACCUGGAACACCUAGGCCAGGAGGGUUCGUUUUGUUUUGGUACCUGUCCCCCACCUUUCGCUGUUACUAAUGGGGAUAUAAGACGUGGCAGGGUGCCUUCUUUCAUUUCAAACAUUGAGUUAGACCUUCACUUAUUUGGCCACCUCUUCCCAACACCCCAAUCCUGGCCAUUGGGGAGCCUACACAGGCUGAGGGGCAACACAAAUGUCAUGACUAAACGGACUCUAGUUUUUUAUAAUUUUGUAAGUAAAUACCAAUGCUUUAAGUACAUUCAAUGGACAGAACUAUAGGUCUGUAUGUUACCCUGAAAAGAUAAGACUUUAAAAUAUAAUAAUAAUCAACUUAUGACCUAAUGGUUAGGCUGAGCUCAGGAAUUAUCCAAAAAUGAAAAAAUGAAAUACA